AUGAGCUUUACCUCGUGGUUUCGCCCCGGCGGCGCCCGCAAGGACGGCGCGGCCAAGGGCAGCCAAGCUGAGGCCGCUGCCGCGGUCCGGACCAAGCAGCGCGACGACCUCCAAGACGCCAUGAAGUGGACGGCCCUCAUCAUGAACGACGACAUUGACGGCGCCUGGGCGGGCCUGCAAAAAGGCCGCUCGGCCUUCCACGGCCUCGGCGUCGCAAUUACCUUCUUCAUGCGCUCCAUGCUCGGCUCCGAGCGUCAGGUCAUGGCGGACACGGUCGCAAAGCUGGCAGACUGCGAGGCCACGGCCGCCGCCGACAGCAAGACGGUCCAGCGCCACGCCACGGCCCUCGCCUCCGGCAGGCUGUACCCACCCGGCACCGAGUACGACCUGGUGCGCGCCCAGACGCACCUCAUGGGCGCCGUCGUCAGCGUCAUGAACGAGAGCAUCGUCGAGGCCAUGCGCGGCUUCUACAAGCUGCGCAAGGCCUUUGUCAUUCUCGACGCCAUUGUCGCCAUCGAGGCCAGGGCUGCCGACUCUGCUGCCGCCGGGCAGGCUCCGGCACCCGCGGGGGGCAGCAACGGCAAGCUGAAGACAGAAGUCAACGACUCUGAGAGCUCCGGCGACUCGGAGGCCUUUGUGGACGCUCAAGAAACAUCGCCACCUGCCAUCGUGUCGCCGCCCGUCGAGAGGGCCGAGUCGUCGUCCAUUGCAACGACCCCCGAGCCCAACGGCGACAACUCUGGCCCGGACGGCGCGACUUCCUCGCUUCCCCUGAGACCGCGGUCCUCGGCGGCCGUCGACAGCCCCCCCGACCUCGACGACCCCAUCGACGAGUUCAUCCAUUCGGGCACCAAUAUGUGCUUCGGCCUCCUCCUCCUUGUCCUCAGCCUCGUCCCGCCCUCCUUCUCCCGCAUCCUGUCCGUCGUCGGCUUCCGCGGCGACCGCGCCAAGGGCAUCCGCCUGCUGUGGCGGUCGGCCGCGCACCACAACGUGCACGGCGCCCUGUCCGGCAUGAUGCUGCUCGGCUACUACAACGGCCUGCUGGGCGCCGUCGACAUUGUGCCCGCCGACGCCGACUACGACGCCGCAGCCGAGAGCGUGGGACCGCCGCGCGAAAAGUGCGCCGCCCUGCUGGCGGACAUGCGCGCGCGGUACCCGGCGUCGCAGCUGUGGCGCGUCGAGGAGGCCCGCCUGCUGGCCAGCCGGCAGAGGCUGGGCGAGGCCAUCGACGUGCUGCGCCGGAGCGACAAGUCGCAGAUGAAGCAGCUGGCCGCCCUCGAAGACUUUGACCUGGCCAUGUACGCCAUGGUGGCCCAGGACUGGGUCCUGAUGCGCGACUCGUUCCUGCGCUGCCAGGAGAGCAGCGACUGGAGCCCGGCCAUGUACUACUACUCGGCCGGGUGCGCGACCCUGGAGCUGUACCGGGACGCCGUGCAGCGGGGGGAGGACACGGCGGCGCUCAAAGCCGAAGCCGAAGAGUACCUGCGCAAGGCGCCGCAGGUGGCGGGCCGGAAGCGCGUCAUGGCGCGGCAGCUGCCCAUCGAGACGUUUCUGCAGCGCAAGGUGGCCAAGUGGGAGGAGCGGGCCAAGCUGCUCGGGGUGGACCUGGCCGACGCCGUCGGGGCCAGCCCGGCGCUGGAGUUGUGCUACGUGUGGAGCGGGCACCGGCGCAUGGGUGCGGGUGAGCUGGAGCGGGCCGUCGGAUACCUGCGCUGGGAGCGGUGCACGGCGGGCGGGGAGGCGGCGGGGCGCAUCUCGGCCGAGGAGGACGAAGGCGCCGUGUGGGCCGUGUGCAUGGCGGUGCUGCUGCGGUCGCAGGGCAAGCUGGACGAGGCGAGGGGUGUGCUCGAGGACAAGGUGUUUGCCCAUGACCGAUCUGUCUUCAAGGGCCCGAAUAAGGAAGACUACCUGGUGCCGGCGGCGACGCACGAGCUGGGCGUCAUUGCGUGGGCCGAGUGCUGCCGGCCGCCACCGCCGGACAGCAGCAUAACGCCGAGGGAGAUGGCGGCGUACCGGCGCGAGCGGCUCGACGAGUGCCAGGCGCAGCUGGACAAGGCGCGAGGGUGGGAGCCGUUUUCGCUCGAGGCGCGUCUGGGGAUGCGGGUGCAGUGCGGGCUCGAGACGGUGCGGUGGCUACGGCCGAAGCUGGAGGGAGACGGGACGGGUCCGGGAUAG